GCUGGUGGCUGGCUGGCUGGCUGGUGGUGGGAGGAGGAGCCCGCGAAGGAGGGCCUUUCAAGUUUAUACCUUCAGUCGUGAACUGUGGUUCGUGUGUGUGUGUUCCGAAGCAAAGCUCUUGAUUCUCUUUAACUCUCCCCUUUCUCCGAUUAAGCCGAGGGGAAAGCUGACGAAUAACGCGUGAAAUUCCCCUCUCGCUCACACUUUGCGACAGACACCAGACAAAAUAUCAGUUUUCGAUUAAAGUGUCUUUUUGAAAAGCAACUUAGAAUUCUAAUACAGGCUAAAUGAGUGUUGAAAAUGAUUAGAAGUAAGAAGUGAAGCUGCCUUUAACUCAUUUUCGAAGUUGGACUGAUUACAAGAUAUAGAAGGUUCCUGGUGUAUUUUAAGAUAAGACGAGUGGCACCUAAGCACUGGAUAAGGUUUGAAGGCGCAAGCGAAAGUUGAUAAAAGCUUUGAUACUCUUGUGCACACAGAAACAUUCAUUUCUGGAAGUUUGUUGUUAUUGUAAUUUCCCCAUCACAAUGUGGCCUUCUCACAUUGCAAAGCCCUUGAAGAGGGCUCCCAUCAAAAGAUCGGCUGAAGACGGUGAGGAUUUCCCAAGGCGCACUGGCAUGGACGACUUGAGAAGUCGCCACGGUAUGUUCCGCAUGCCAGCAUGGAUGUCAGAGGAUGACGACAUGAGCGAUUUAGCAGCGCGGAUGUCACACACGCCACACUUCGCGACUAUGGGUCGCCGAGGUGGGCCGUGGCGCGAACGUCGUAGCUCCGGGGGUUCUGCUAUGAGCGCCACCUCCGACGAUUCCUGCGACGCCCCACCGACUGAUAAAUCUUCACAGUGCUCAGGGGGUUCCAGUGAUGUUCCAUCACACGAGAUCCCCAUCCGCAUAGAGGCCCCUUGCCCACCCUCUAUGAUGCAACAGCAACACCAGCCACAACAGACACACCCAGAAGCAGAAAACGAGCCCAUCUCGCCACUCUCAAGUGCCUUUAGUCACAGAAAGGACACCCAGUAUCCUGUCAGAACCACUUCAGCAGUGGAUGCCACCCAACCCCCUGAACAUGUAACACGAACAACAAGGUGUUCCUCUGCACCACCAGAAAUGGCAGAUCAACCACUGCCUCAGGAGCCACAGAAACCGCCUCAACAAAGAUUCGUAUCCAAGAUCAAUAUCACGCCACAGUCACCUCUGAGUCCUACAUGUUCAAAAUCCACUGCUAUACCCUUCUCCCCUCUGCCUGCUAAAUUUAACACUGUACCUAAACCCUUUGUGCCAGCAAACAAGCAGCAUUCAGAUUCUCCAGCAGCACCCUAUGUUUUUGAACAACCUAGUGUGCCAGAGCCACCUCAGCAACAAAGUAAUCAAAACCAACAGCAGCAGCCUCAUCCCCAAAUGCCAUCAUAUAUGUCACAACAUAUGCCACAGCAGCAGCAGCAGCAGCAGCCACAACCCACUCAGCAGCAACAGCACUAUCCAUCUCAACAGCAACAACAAUAUCCUCCUCAGCAGCAGCAGCAGUAUCCUUCUCAGCAACAAUUCCACCCACAAGAGCAGCAGUUCCAGCAUCAGCAAUACCAGCCACAACAACAUCAACAGCAGCAACAGUCCCCUAAACAAGGAGGGCAAAGGCCCAGUGUUGUUCGCAACAUUCCUAUCUUCGUAGAAGGUCGUGAUGGCCCGGUCACAAAUGAAGAAUCCGGCACUCCUCCAAAGAGUUCUUCACAGUGGGGUCCAUCUUGGAAUCAACAACAGCAUUUCUAUCAACAACAGCCUGCGCCACAACAGCAACAACAUUGCCACCAACAACAGCAAAAACCUCAAUUCAGACAGCAUGCACAGCAUCAGCAACAGGCCCCUCAACAGCAGAGUCAGCCAAUUCCUACACCUGUUCCAGCUCCUCCUCCACCUCAGUAUCAGUCACAAAAUCAACAACAACAGCAUCAGCAACAGUCAGAACCACAGGCUAAACCACAAGCUAAACCACAGCCACAACCUGCCAAAGAUCCUCGUUUAACACAAAUUGAAGCCGUGCAGGCAUCUGUUGAUGAAUAUAUAGCUAAAGUCGAUGCUUUUACUGGUGUGAAGAAUGACCGAGAAUUCCUGUACCUUGAUGAGAUGUUGACAAGGGCACUCUUACAGCUGGACAAUGUUGACCCUGAUGGUCGUGAAGAUGUCCGACAAGCGCGUAGAGCAGUCAUCAAGAACAUCAACGCUGCCAUCUCUGCCUUAGAAACCAAGGCCACCGAUGCUGCAAAGAAGAACAAGGAAAAGACUCCCGAGAAUGGCGAAGUCUCAAUGGAAACAGACGCACAGGAGCAGUCUGCAGACACCAACAAAAGUCAGGAAGGUUCUGGCAAAGCUGUCGAUGGUAAGGAACCAGCUGAGUCUUUACCGAACAAUGCCGAUGCCACCAAAAAUGCUGACGAGACUAAAGUAGAGCGCAUGGAAACUGCAGACUCUCAGGACCCUACCUCAGCGAGUAAUGGCAAAGAGGCUCCAGUGACGACGUCAACUUAAUAUUUUCGAUGGAAGAUAUGAAUUACAUGAAUGAUUGAUGAAUACUGUAUGGCUGACUUUUGUGUAAAUAUGUGUGUAUUUAAUUGAGCUAAUAUAUAUAUAUGAAUGAAUAAAAGAAAGUUAUAUGAUAUUUGUUGUGUUGGUUACCCAGUUGAUCUAAAGUUUGGUCUAUAUAUAUAAAGAGCUGAAGGGGCAAAUGAAAUUGUGUAUAGUCAUGUCUGUGUAGCUAACUUUUAAGGAAAGGUAACGCCGUAGUUAAGAUUCAUUAAGAGACACUUAUUUAAUUUCACGAGAGGCUCAUAUAGCACAAGACCAUGCCAUUAUCAAUAGCUGAUGGCUUUUCACGUAACAGUCUUUCACUUGAAAUCUGAUGGCAACAUAUCUGUACAUAGCUUUACCUGUUAUGUUUGAGCUUUUAAUUUAUAAAUUUGUUAUAAAUUAUUUGUGUAAGUCAUGAAAUGUCUCACUAUUCACAGAAGGAGAGCGAAAUCUAAGGUUUGUGAUGUAAACAUGAAGGACACCACAAUUCAAACUCGCACUGCCUGAGGAAAUGCUUUGGGUGAGCCACCGCGUCUUUCGAUGGCUCACUGCUAUUUGGCACGGUGCCGGAAGGGUCACGGUUCUUCCGUGGCACCCCAGUUAUUUUGGCACGGGGCUGCUUGAUCCGGGAACUGCUGAAUGGGAACUUCCCCAAAGAUCAAUUUAAGUUGUGUGGUCAUUCUUCGUAGAAACGUCAGUUUAGUGAAUCUUUCCUCCUAUCAUGAAGGCUGUCGAAAAGAAGUUAUCGCGCUGACGAACGGAAAGUUUUGACGUUUUGGGAAAUGGCCCACUUCCGGCUUCGGUAGUCACCUGUGGCUGAACUUCCUCAGCAUCAUCCUUGUUAGCUCAAGUUGGCGUGGCGAGAAGUCGGAUGUUUGAGUUGUGAAGUGUUCAAGUACAGGGGUCCAGGAAGUUUAGUAAAAUUGAAUUAAAUAAAAGCUGGGGGUUCAUUAACAUUCAAAGAAUCGUGAUUCAUUUUUUUUACUUAUAUUGCAACGAAGCACGAGAAUAUCACUCUCUGCUAUACGGUGCUAAUUCAUUAGGCUAUUAUGAUGUAAUGAUUCAGCAAUGCAUUUCCUUAAAAAAUGUCCACUUUCACUAAAAGAGUAUAUAUUAUUUUAGGCAAUGAAUGCAAGAAUACACGCAAUAUCGCUUUUCAGAAAACCAACAGAAUUAUAUAAACAUGAGACGGACUAUCUCUAGUUGGGUUGAAAAUAGACCCAGUGCCUCCCCCUGACUUGGAUUUUGCCAAGCCCGUGAAGUAUUGCGUCAUUUGUUUGGAUGAGCUUUGUUUCAAAAGCGACAUUAUUAACCCCCCAUACGUUCUGAAUUUCCUUCCAUGAUAAGCAACUUUACUUUUUGCUUUAUUCAGCGGAUGUUGUCAAUUUUUCCAGCUGUUUGACAGACAAAAACUUUAAACAUUUUGAACACCCGCCCCAAAACUUAUUCGGGAUGAAAAUUAAAGCUUUAUAUCUUUUGAUGAGACGGUUUAUCAUAAGAAACCGCAAAAUUCAAGUUUUCUUUCUUUGAAAUUCUGGCAUUUUACUGCCACAUUAAACUAUAGUAGCUACACUGCUUGUUGUUUAGAGCUGUAAAAUUGUAAUGGCUUUUUCCAAAACGUUUCAAGGGAUUAACUGGUUUUCUCCACCAAUGAAAGCCAAAUAAUCCUUGCUGUCGAGUCUAGACGUCUGUACGAUUUUAGUGUUCCUACUUGACCUGACGUACAAGCAAUUUAUUACUAGCGUCCCUAUGUGAAUAGUGAUCCUCUGAAGUGUUUCUUGAAUUGAAUGGAACUGUCCUAUGAAGUGCGAGAGAUGCAGAAGCGCAUUGUACAUAGAAAUCCACUUGGUUACUGUACAGCGGUGUGGUCUUGUCUGUUGUGAAGUGGCUUGGUUUUUCAAGCUCCUAUUACAUAUGUAUACACGUAUAUAUGUAAUCGUGUACAUAUAUAUACAUAAUCUUUUAUCUUUAGCUUAACGAUAUUCAAUUUAUCUGUCUGAAUAUUUCUUGUAAAGAAAUGUCACCCAUGUAAGGUGCUGUCAGAAUUUUCGUAAAGUUAGUUAAGGGGCGCCAUUUAACCAUCGUUAUCUUUUCGUUACAUCAUCAGCAAUGACGUGUCAUCCUUACAGAUUAUAUUAUAAGAAACGAAGUCACUUUUGAAGUUGGUCGUUCCGCGGAAGAACGAAGAGAUAGGUCAUACGGUUGUUAUGAUCUUCUCUGAACAUUUAAUCGUUCUUGGAUGACCUGGGAUAUUGGUGCUUAAAAAGAAAAGUCAGGUUUUAAGAUUCGCAUCUCCCAAGCAUCUCCACAGAGCCUUCGUUUUGUUCUUAUUAACGAAAUUAACUAAAAUUGUUCGAUAGAUAAAAUAAAUGGGGGCUGAUUUCUCCUUGAUAUGAGAAGGCGGAGGUGUCACGAAAUUAAUUUCAUCAGAUGUCUAAAUCUGAUGAGAAGAAAAUGCGCGAGAAGGGUUGGAGGAGUUUCGGGGAAAAAGCCGCAUUUCUUCUUCCCUGUCCAAAAACCAAACCUGACUUGGAAUGAUUACAAAUAUUUUCACUAUUCGUUUAGGCUACGAGAAGGUGUGUCAACGGCUCUUUGAACUUCCCGAGGGCUUAUUCUCUGAACGGUGGCGCUGACGUCGAUUGUGAUACAUGACGUGCCAAAGAUAAUGUGUAAAUAUAUAUACAUAUGCGUGGUGCGCCGUAUGCAUCAUGUACGUAUAUCAACUGAGUUAUAGAGAUAUUCUGGAUGUACUAAUAACUCGAUUGUGAUUCUUUUCUGUUUCAUUCUCUGUAUACAUGCCACUUAAAUGUAAAUAAAUAUAUUUCUCCAAUUAA